AUGGUCAAAGCUGUCGCUGUCUUAAGAGGAGAUGCCAAGGUUGGUGGAACUGUCACCUUCGAACAAAAAUCCGAAUCUGAUCCAACUUUUAUCUCUUGGGAAAUUUCUGGAAAUACCCCAAAUGCUUUAAGAGGAUUCCACGUCCAUCAAUUCGGUGAUAACACCAAUGGUUGUACUUCUGCUGGUCCUCAUUUCAACCCAUUCCAAACUAACCACGGUGCUCCAGAGGAUGAAGAAAGACAUGUUGGUGAUUUAGGUAACAUUACCACUGACUCUGAUGGUGUUGCCAAGGGUACUAAGCAAGAUUUAUUGGUCAAGUUGAUCGGUGAAAACUCAAUUAUUGGUAGAACCGUUGUUGUUCACGAUGGUACCGAUGACUUGGGUAAGGGUGGCCACGCUGACUCCCUCAAGACUGGUAACGCCGGUGGUAGACCAGCUUGUGGUGUCAUUGGUUUCACCAGCUAA